AUGGGUCUCCGUGCCAGGAUAAAAGACGAGGUCAUCGCUCGCCUCACUGCCAACCAGAAAGAUAUCAUCGCGAACAUCCUCACCACCCGGCACAACCUCCGACAGGUCCAGUCACAGCUCCUCAACCUCCAUCAAGCGAUACAAGUCGAGAUCGAUGGAGGCGACAAGAACAAGCAAUCGCUCAGAUAUGAAGGAUAUCUACAUGCCCACAUUGACCUCGCACAAAGGCUGCAGGAUGACCUGGAGAUACUAAAUAAGAGGCUUGCGGACACAGAGGUGGCCAUGGACCGCUUUGCAGGGCCUGUGCAUGUGGAGCCGUGGCCGGAGGGGGAUGGGAUGUCGCAUGCGGUAAUCCUAGAAGACAUGAACAGGUUUCUGAAUGUGUUGUAUUGGUUUGGGGUGGCGCUGGCGGCGGUCUUUGUUUGCUUGGCGGUGUCCUCGAUCUUGCUUCUGGCGGGAGGUCCGGAUUCGCGGCCGGCGAUUCCAAAGGUGGCCCCAACGGAUAGAUACAGGGACGUGUUUAAAACGUCAUGGAACGAUGGAACAAUCGCAAUGGAUAAACACAGGAGGCAUCAGUAUCACGAAGGUCGCAACCGCGAUCCUCAACAUAGUGCCGUAUCAGACGAGGAAACUGAUGAGCUGAAAGCCUGGAUAAAGAUGGACACGGCACGGAAAUUCGAGGCGCUCUUGUCGGGGGUCCCAGCGAUUGAGAGCAUCGAGGUGUGGAAUGCGGUGACAAGACAGGCCGAGAUACAGGAGUGGAGGUUUCUCCAAUAUGAGACAGAAGUUCGGUUCGCUGAGGGGAAGCUAGGACCGAUAACGCGGCGGGAAGCGGAACAGUACAGACUGGAUUGGAGUCGGAGUCGGCGGCGGGAAAGGAAUAAUGAGAAGGAUGUUGGAGUGUCUCCUGAACGAAAGGGGGCUGAAGGAGAUGAAAAUUGA